AUGGAGCUUUCGAGCGAGAAAGCCCGUGCCGGGGCUCUGUCCAAACAUCGCGCCUCUCCCAGCAGCGACUGUGGAACAGUCUCCUCUUCCCCAGAUCUCCUCUCCUCUCUCCAGGAUGUGAAUGUCCACACGAAGGCGCACGUCCUCGAUGCUGAGGAGGUCGUCCACCAGCUGAAAGCGGAUGCGAAGCGUGGCCUCUCUGAGGAAGAAGCCUGCGAGCGACUCGAGGUGUUCGGCAAGAACGAACUCGAACACGACGCUGGCAAAUCGCUUCUCCAGUUGAUUCUGGAACAGUUCCAGGAUCUGCUCGUCAGGAUUCUGCUCUCUGCAGCCGUGGUGAGCUUCGUCCUCGCUCUCUUCGAAGGAGGCGCCGAUGAAGGCAUCACUGCGUUCAUCGAGCCUCUCGUCAUUCUCAUCAUUCUCGUUCUCAACGCCGCGGUUGGCGUGUGGCAGGAGUCGAAUGCAGAGAAAGCGUUGGAAGCGUUGAAACAGCUGCAGCCCGCACAGGGUCGGGUGUUGCGCGGGGGCGCUUGGCGCAUAAUCCCUUCCGCGGAGUUGGUUCCAGGAGAUAUCAUCGACGUGCGUUGCGGAGACAAGGUUCCCGCCGACUGUCGAAUCCUCGCCCUCAAAUCCACGACUCUGCGCGUCGAGCAGUCGCAACUCACUGGCGAGAGCGUCACAGUCUCCAAAGACGUGGAGGUCUUGCCGGCUUCCUAUGCAGACUGCGAAGUUCAGAGCAAGUCGAACCUCCUGUUCUCGUCGACGACUGUGGCCAGUGGGCAUGGCGUGGCCGUAGUUGUCGCCACUGGGAUGAGGACAGAGAUCGGGAAAAUCCAGAGUGCAGUCCAGGAAGCUGGGGCUGACGAAGAAGAUCAAACGCCGCUUCAGCAGAAACUCGACGAAUUCGGCGAAAUCCUCAGCAAAGUUAUCUUCCUCAUCUGCAUCGUCGUCUGGGUCAUCAACAUCAAGCAUUUUUCCGAUCCGGUUCACGGUAGUUUCCUUCGCGGAUGCAUCUACUACUUCAAGAUUGCAGUGGCGCUGGCCGUUGCCGCGAUUCCGGAAGGCCUGCCGGCGGUCAUCACCACGUGCCUGGCGCUCGGCACUCGGAAGAUGGCGAAGAAGAACGCGAUCGUGCGCAAACUCGCGAGCGUCGAGACUCUCGGAUGCACCACGGUGAUCUGCAGCGACAAAACGGGCACCCUCACCACCAACGAAAUGACGUGUGUUCGCUUCUGCGUUCCCAACAUGCGCCACGGAACCGACGAGUACACCUGCGAGGGUUCCUGCUACUCUCCGAUUGGAGCAGUGAACUACGGAGGAGCGUCUCACGGCCAGCAUCGGAUGUUCCAUCACAUCGAGGAGAGCGACGAGAAUCUCCACUGGUUUGCCAGGUGCGCGACGCUCUGCAACGAGGCGCGUCUUGAUAUUGCGCCGGGGAGCAACGGCACGAAGUUCACGCGCAUGGGCGAACCGACUGAAGCUGCGCUCCUCGUCCUCGUCGAAAAGCUCGGCUGCAUGGACAGCACCCUCAACGCCCGCUUCCUCCAAUGCGAGGGAAGAAAGGAACAGGCGCCAAUGCCUUUCUGCGAAUACUGGGCAUCUUCGUGGAGCUCUCUGGCGACUCUGGAAUUCACGCGUGAAAGAAAGAGCAUGAGUGUGCUUUGCCGCGAACGAAACAGCCCGCAAAACACUCUCUUCGUCAAGGGUGCGCCGGAAUCUGUCCUCGAGAGGUGCACGUCUGUGCUUCUUCCGAAUGGAACAGUGACGCAGUUGACCGACGCCAUUCGAAAGAAAAUCCAAAACGACGUGGACUCGAUGGCGGCAGAUGCGCUCCGCACUCUGGCCCUGGCGAUGAGGAGGGACUGCGGAGAACUGUCCGACUACGAUUCGACCAGCCCCAGUGAAUCCAAACAUCCUGCACGUAAAUUGCUGGAAGAUCCGUCGAACUUCGCGAAAAUCGAGAGCGACUUGAUUUUCCUCGGCCUCGUCGGUUUGAUGGAUCCGCCUCGCCCCGAAGUGACCGCGGCGAUCGACGCAUGCAGAGGCGCCGGCAUCAAGGUGGUGAUGAUCACGGGCGACAACAAACUGACAGCUCAGGCCGUCGCCUCGAUGAUCAACAUCGUGGACGAUGCUCGCGUCGGCAACUGCUCGUUCACAGGCAAAGAGUUCGAGGCUCUCUCCCUCGAAGAAAAGAAAGAAGUCCUCUCUCAGGAUGGAGUCAUUUUUUCGCGCACGGAACCGAAGCACAAGCAAAUGAUCAUUCGGUUACUGAGAGAGCUCGGGGAAACGACAGCGAUGACUGGAGACGGAGUGAACGACGCGCCCGCGCUGAAACAAGCAGACAUCGGAGUCGCGAUGGGCAUUGCCGGCACGGAGGUGGCCAAGGAGGCGUCGGACAUGAUUCUCGCGGACGACAACUUCAGCACGAUCGCUUUCAUUCGCUACCUGAUUAGCAGCAACAUCGGCGAAGUCGCGUCGAUCUUCUUCACUGCGGCUCUCGGUGUGCCGGAAGGUCUCUCCCCUGUCCAGCUGUUGUGGGUGAACCUCGUCACCGACGGGCCGCCGGCGACUGCACUGGGUUUUAACCCGCCGGACCUGGAUGUGAUGAAGCGUGAACCGCGUCACCGCGAAGACAAGCUGAUCAGCAGUUGGAUUUUCCUGCGCUACUUGUUGAUUGGCAUUUACGUCGGGUUUAGCACCGUCGGAAUCUUCGUCGCGUGGUUCGUGACUGGCCUCGACAAUCAGGCGGACCCUCACACGCUCGUCUCGCUCAGUCAACUCAUGCAGUGGAACAAAUGCCCCUCCUGGGAAAACUUCAAAGUGACGCCCGUCUACGGCAUGAAAGCGGACGAUCCGUGCUCCUUCUUCACUGUCGGAAAGGUCAAGGCAAGCUCCCUGAGUUUGACGGUGCUGGUUGUCAUUGAAAUGUUCAACGCGUUCAACGCUCUCUCGGAAGACGCGUCGCUCCUCCAGCUGCCGCCUUGGACCAAUCCUUACCUCGUCAUCGCCACUUUCCUCUCCGUCGCGGUUCACUGCUGCAUCCUCUACAUUCCCUUCCUGAGCCGCGUUUUCGGCGUCGUUCCUCUCACGACGGUCGACUGGGUCUACGUCAUUCUCUGGUCGCUUCCGGUCAUCGUCAUCGACGAAGGACUCAAGGCAAUCGGUCGCAUGAAGGAGGCUGCGAGGAGACGCCAGCUGAGCCUGUCGCGCUCUCAGUCGCAAGUCCGCAAGACGCAAUAA